GUGGAUGCAAGGCAAGUUUUUACAUAAAGCUAUUUUUGAACUUUUUAACAUACAUAUAAUUUUCUUUUAUUAUUUUAUAGGUGUCGUUUCAUUUACAUCAAUGUUGGUAGUCCAGGCCGUUGUAAUAAUUCAGCAAUCUUUGAAAGUUCGUCAUUAAAACGGCAGUUCCAACAAUGCAGCUUGUUCAAAGAAAUGACUAGGAGAAUAUCAUCUGUUAAUGUUCCAGUUAUUUUGCUAGGCGACUCUGCCUUCAAACUAGAUGUACAUUUGAUGAAGCCGUAUCCCUUUUGCGUUAACCAACCGUUGAAUCAAAAAAAAUUUAACUUUGCCCUGUCUAAGUGCCGAAGAGUUGUCGAAAAUGCUUUCGGCCAUUUAAAGGCAAGGUUUAGGCGGGUUGGCAAAGGCCUGGACAACCACAUGAUCAACGCGAAAGCUAUUAUCAAAGCAUGCUGUGUUUUGCACAACUUCCUGAAUGAGCAAAAUGAUGAAAUCAAUGAAAAGUGGAUUGCGGCACAGCAAAUUAAAGACCAAAGUCGACAGUGGCCAGAAGACGAACCCAACAUAUCUGAAAUCUUUAACACAAGGGCAGAGGAAAUAAGACAAGCCUUUGUUUCGCAUUUUGGCUCGCUCGAGGAAGGCCUAUUGGAGGAGUCUACAUUUGAUGAGCUAGGACUGGGAAGCGGUGGGCAUGUUGUUGACUCUCCAUCCGUCUCGAUUUCGAUACACUUGUAAAACUCGGCUUCG